CUUCCCGCCCUUUUCACAGUCUGCAUUUUGCGUGCAGCAGAGCGAUGGCUGGGCUUCCCGUCGGCGCCCGAUCGGCAUCCCGGGCUGGGCGAAAGAAAGAGGGACUUGUACUUGCCAUGGGAGCACCUGCAUGCGGCGCUGCGGAAAUCCCUAGGUCCGGCCGCGCGGUCGACUCCUUUUCCACCAACGAAGAAACGAUCGACAAAGUGGCCGCGGUGGCCGUGACGAAGAGCGUUUCCCGCCCCGUCAGGAAGGUUUUCGAUGACGAGGUUUUGCAACGCAGGGUUAGCCCCAGGCUUGUGGAUGCUCGCAAGCCAGUGUAUUUUUCUCCAACGUUUCAGAAGAGGGAGGCGCAAAAACGGAAAAAGAAAGUGAUAGUGGAACAAAAGGAUGAAUCCCAAACCUCAAGAUUGAAAACGUCGCCGAAAGACGAUGCUGUCGAGAGGAAACAGAAAGCCGAAGACGGAGUAAAGGAUUCAAGCGCGGAUUGCGUGCACGCUGACGCACACGAGGGUGACAGACAGAUGGAAAGCAAUGCCCUUGUUGUCGCUGUCAUGAGUGAUGCUGCUAGGGUGAAGGACACACUUCGGAUCUUCAAUGCUCAUUUUCUCCAUUUUGUUCAGGAGGAGGAGAAACGUUGCAAAAAGAAAGAUGAUGAUAUUGAUGCUAAAAAAGCUGCUUCUUUGCAAUCUAAGGAAAAAAGGUGCAAAGUUGACAUGAUGGUUAAUGGUAAGAAAUCAUCAAUGAAGUCGAUAAAGUUGAGAAAGGGUGGAGGUAGUAAGCUGGAAGAGACAAAGCGUUCCUCUAAAAGACCUGAUUUGAAGGCUAUUACCAAGAUGUUGGAAACUGGGGCUGUCCUUUACCCUGAUAAGAAGUUUGGCAAUAUUCCAGGGAUUGAAGUUGGACAUCAAUUCUUUUCUCGAGCUGAGAUGGUUGUUCUUGGGUUUCAUGGACACUGGCUCAAUGGGAUUGAUUUUAUGGGAGGAUCCUAUGGCAAACUUGCUCGGUAUAAAGAUUUGAAGUUCCCUCUCGCAGUGUCUGUAGUUCUUUCGGGCAUGUAUGAAGAUGAUGUAGAUAAUUCUGAAGAUAUUGUUUACACUGGUCAAGGUGGACAUAACUUGCUCGGUAAUAAGCGUCAAAUUGGUGACCAGAUAAUGCAAAGAGGAAAUCUAGCUUUGAAGCAUAAUAUGGAACAAAAUAUCCCUGUUCGGGUUACACGUGGGCAUGAAUCUGCAAACAGCUAUUGUGGAAAGGUGUAUACUUAUGAUGGACUGUAUAAGGUUGUGGAAUAUUGGGCUGAAAAAGGUGUGUCUGGAUUUACUGUGUUCAAGUAUCGGCUUCGACGGCUUGAAGGGCAGCCACCAUUAACUACAGGGCAGGUGCAUUUUUCUCGAGCUCAACCACCAAAAUGCCUUUCAGAUCUGCGUGGGUUGGUGUCCAAAGACAUAUCUGGUGGUCAAGAGAAGAUACCUAUUCCUGCUACAAAUGUAGUCGAUGAUCCUCCGUUUCCUCCAAGUGGUUACAUAUACAGCAAGCAAGGCAAAGUAGCAAGCAACAUAGAAGUGCCUCCAGAUGCUAAAGGGUGCUCUUGCGUUGGAGUUUGCAUUGAUUCAAGGUCAUGUGCUUGUGCAAAACUGAACGGUGGUGAUUUUCCAUAUGUUCGAAGAGAUGGUGGGCGAUUGGUUGUUGCCAAAGAUGUUGUCUAUGAGUGUGGUCCAAAUUGUGGCUGUGGUCCUGACUGCAUCAAUAGAAUAUCACAGCAGGACAUAAGAUAUCGGCUCGAGGUUUUCCGUACACCAAGUAAGGGAUGGGGUGUUAGAUCUUGGGAUUCCAUUCCAUCUGGUGCACCUGUUUGUGAAUACAUUGGGAUCCUCAUGAGGACUGAUGAUAUUGAUGAUUCUUCAGAGAAUAAUUUUAUUUUUGAAAUAGAUUGCCUUCAAACUAUGAAAGAGAUUGAUGGGCGACAAAGGCGUUUUGGGGACGUAUCCAAACAUAUUGCUGUUCCGCCAGAUGUGGUUGAGGAAAAGAAGGCAGAAAGCCUGCCAGAGUAUUGCCUUGAUGCGGUAUCAAUUGGGAAUGUUUCGAGGUUCAUCAAUCAUAGCUGUGAACCCAAUCUCUUUGUUCAGUGUGUUUUAAGCUCUCAUCAUGAUAUGAAACUUGCAAGAGUUGUACUAUUUGCUGCUGACAACAUCCCGCCUCUUCAGGAGCUUACUUACGACUACAACUAUCUGCUUGAUAGCGUUGCUGGGCCAGACGGUAAAGUGAAGGAACUGUUGUGCUAUUGUGGAACUGCAGAUUGCAGGAAGCGCUUGUAUUAGCAAAAUGCUUCUGCUGUAUACCUGAUUUUUGCUUCUGUUCGAUUUCUGUUGUCAAGCGCUCCCAUUCUCUCCAUUUUGGUGAAAGACUGGUUGGGGAUGGAAAUUUUUGGUUGUAAAGUUGCUUCUGCAACAACUGUUUGUAUCUUUCUGUGUCAUUGCGUUUGGGAUGGUUUGGUGCUUCAA